AUGUCAGGACGCCAACAGCGUGUGAUGGUUCAGCCCAUCAAUGUAAUCUUCAAAAACCUGCAGCAGCGUCAAAAGGUGUCCAUCUGGCUGUAUGAUAAUAUUGACAUGCGGAUAGAAGGCAGAAUUAUCGGCUUCGACGAAUUCAUGAACCUUGUCAUCGAUGAGGCAGCGGAAGUGUAUAUCAAGGAAGCAAAGCCGCGAAGGGAACUCGGUCGCGUAUUGCUGAAGGGCGAUAAUAUUACUCUCAUCCAGCAGAUCCAAUGA